AUGGCCACCAGCAUGGGAGCAGGACCUCAGCACUCAGCUGCUGUGGAGAGCCAGCAGAUCUUCCUCGGAGAUGAGUGUGCAAUGAAGAUCAGGGUUUCAAAGACACAGAUGAUCAAAUCUUUCCUGAAGGGGGCUGGGGAGAAACCAGGGAUGGAUGGCGACUCCUCCCUGCUGUUCCCAGAGACGUGCAUCCAGGUGACCUGGGGCUUCCUGGAGCCGGCUCCCCACGAGAGAGACGUGGAUUCCCCGGAGCGGCCAGGGGCCCGGUGCUGCCAGGCCGCUGCUCCGCGCCAGGCAGGUGAGGUGGAAGCCAUAGUCUCUGGGUACCGGCCAGUAACUGGAUCCCGCAGACCCAGAUACCGACGCUGCCCCGAAAGCCUCUGCUGGGGAGAAACUGCCCCUGCGGUGAACGCAGACCCUGCUGCAGGGAGAACUCCCACCGCCAUGCAGCUGACACACUACAGGCUCCGGACUCACCAGUGGUGCUUCAUUCUCUUUAAUGUCUUGCUUUUCCACGUACUGCUUUUCGGAGCAGAUUUACUGGAGGAAUACUUUUUGCGGUCGUUACCCCUUUCUUACACUGACGCAAAGACUCUCGAGAUCAGGGAGAGGGCCGGGAAGCUAGAUACGGAUCCCCUAAGGGCCAAUCUCUCUUACACCGUCACCAGUGCAGCAACAUGCUCCGAUCAAGAGAUAUUUUUGCUCGUUCUUGUCUGCAGUAGCCCAGAAAACAGGACAAGGCGCAACGUGAUCAGGCGGACGUGGGGGAACGUGACAGACGCCAGAGGUUAUGCUGUCCUUACUCUGUUUGCUUUAGGAAAGCCAGCUUCAGUAACCACCCAGCUGGAGAUCAGCGAGGAGUCUCAAAAGCACAGAGACAUUAUUGAAGGCAGCUUCAUUGAUUCUCCCGAGACGCAGACACAGAAGAUGUUGAUGAGCGUGGAGUGGACAGUGACUUUCUGUCCCCACGCAAGGUACAUUCUCAAAACAGACGAAGACGUGUUUGUCGGUAUUCCAAGUCUGGCUGGGUACUUGCUUAGCUUAACACAGCUAGAGGACAUUUACAUUGGGAGGGUCGUUCAUCACGGAGUGCCCGACAGAGCCCCUGAAAGCCCUGGCUUUGCUCCCGUCCAUCAAUACUCCCAAGAGUUUUACCCAGAUUACUGCGAUGGGAGCGCUUUCGUCAUCUCCCAGGACGUCGCUCGCAAGGUGUACGUGGCCGCCGAGGGGGUGCCAGUUUCAGUGCCCCCCGAUAUCUUUGUCGGAAUCUGUGCUAAAAAAGCUGGCAUCACGCCCAUUCACAGCUCUCGGUUUUCUGGGGAGAAGCACAUCAGCUACAAUCGAUGCUGCUAUAAAUUCAUUUUCACCUCUUCCAACAUGAAAGAGCACGAGUUAUUUCAAGACUGGAAGGAAACAAGCGAUGGGAAAGAUUGCUCAUUACUGGAAAUGUACUACGGUCUGGUGUCCUGCAAGGUUUUGACCUAUAUUGAUAGGUUCAAACAGUUUAACUUAGAUAGAAUUAAAAAUGAGGUUCUUCAUUUCGCCGAUUAA